AUGCUAAUACUCCUUGCCUAUUCUUAUGCACCCCUCCAUGCGGAACAUCAAGGUUCGGGAUCCAACGACAUCAAAAGACUUCUCACAGAAUACGGCGGCACCGAGAAGCUCAAGGUCGUCCAGGUAGACAUACCAGAGAUCGAUGAUGACGAAGCCCUUGUCAAAGUCCACACUGCAGGUCUUAUUUGGAUGGAGCGCUACUGGCAGCUCUACGAGAAGGACGUAAAGGUGGGCUCAAACGUACCGGAGGGUCUUGAAGUCGGCACUAAAGUUAUGGUCCUUGUAACCAAGGCCUUCUCUAGCAAGCAAAGCACGGACGGCGGCAUGCCUGAAUAUGCCAAGGCUCAUUUCUCUAAAAUGAUCCCCAAGCCUCAGAGUAUAAGCUACGCUGAGGCUGCAUUGGUGCUACUUUCCGCUCUUACCGCAUGGUAG